AUGAAGAUAGCUAUCGUAGGAUGCGGCCUGGCAGGCAUGUCAUCAUACCUUGCACUACGCAAAUUCCUUUCCGAUGAUCACAAGGUCACUAUUUACGAAUCGUACAAGCCCAAGCUCGACCGAGAUCCGCUAUCCGACGACCUAGACAGUUGA